AUGGAGCAAGUUGAUGUUACUAUUGUUGGUGGCGGUCCUACUGGACUCUUUGUUGCCCUUCUCCUUCAACCAUUGGGAAUCUCAGUCCGAGUCCUGGAUGAGAAGCCUUGUAGUUUAGAGCUUGGUCGCGCUGAUGCACUAAACGCUCGAACUCAGCAGUACUUCGAGGUUGCUGGUAUCCUCGAUGAGCUUCUGCCUGAUGGUCUCAAAUGCAACACGAGUUCUACUUUCAAAGCUGGCGAUUUCAAGUCUCGUCAGAAUGCUUGGUGGGUUGGUAUCGAGCAUGCCUUUCACAAGAACUUUCUCAUGAUUGGACAACCUGUCGUUGAACAGGUGAUGCGCACUCGUCUCGGCGACGCAGUAAGCUACAACGAGCACGUCAUCAGCAUCACUGAAGAUGAUGAGUCUGUUGCCGUCAUGACAAGUUCAGGUCGAAAGGUCAGCAGCAAAUAUGUUGUUGGCGCCGACGGUGCACGAUCCUUUGUCAGAAACACGCUGGGUAUCAGUUUCACUGGCACGAAGCCAGAGAUGACUUGGGCAGUUCUUGAUACCUUUUUGGAUACUGAUUUUCCUGUUUGUCCUGAGAUUAUCACUUUCGAGCUUGAUGGAGAGUCUCGAGUUGCGUGGAUUCCAAGAGAGCGAGGAAUGUCUCGAUUCUACGUUUUGCUCAAAGGAGAGAUCACGCAGCAACUGGCUGAAGACUCUAUCAAGGAACAUCUCGCACCAUAUCGAGUGGAGUUUACAAAGACUGAAUGGUUCAGCACAUUCCAUGUUAAGGAACGACUUGCUGGUAAUUUCAUCUCCAAGGAAGGCCAUGGAAGAAUCAUCCUGGCCGGAGAUGCGGCUCAUGUUCAUUCCGUCAACGGUGGCCAGGGCCUAAACACUGGUGUUUCUGAUGCCUUUGCACUAGCCUGGCGUUUAUCAGCACUUGCCCGACCAUCAAAUCUAAGCCCUGAAGCCAGAGACGACAUCCUGCGCAGUUACGAUAUCGAGCGGAGAUCCACAGCCGCUCAAGUCAUCGGAGUGGCUGCAGCACUAGUCAGGGACACAAUACACACAGCCAAGAAAUACGUAUCCACAAUCGAACGAAAUGCCGGCUUCAUCACAGGCAUGGGUGUCAACUAUAGCGAAUUUGCCACUCCACUUAUCCAGGGUACAGAACUUGGCAUCUGGAAACCUGGAUAUCGCUGUCCCGAUGUGGUCAUGACUGCGGCUUCCGGCGAAACCUCGCGACUCUACGAAAACGCCUCAUAUGGAGAUUUUAUCGUCUUGACUAUCGGAAGACGUCUUCCGGCGAUCUCCGUCUCGGCUCCCGUUUACACUAUCCUGCCCAACGGGACGACUAAUGGCCAUAUGGGAUGUCACCAAAACAGGGAUGCCGACAAGGAUUUUACUGCUGAUUGGGUCAAGAACGAGGACGCUGUUAUUGUAAUCGUUCGGCCGGAUAUGUAUGUCGGAUAUGUUGGCACUGGCGAGGACAAGGCUUGGAAAGGAUACUUGGAUUCCUACUUUGUUAAGUCCCGAUAA